GGACUCACCUGUAGAGGAGUAUCAAAGGAAAUAGCAAGAAUUGGACAAGCAAUGUACUCCCCCGUUACCACUGUAAAUAAAACACGGUGCAUCAUGGGAAGACUUUAAACCAUCCACACUCAUCUGAUACUUAUUGUAUCACUUUGAUCAUCACGACGUGUCUUAAGAUGUUUUCUUAUAACGUAUUUCGACUCGAUUUGGAAUGAAAAUCAGCCUAUAAGGAACAGCAUUUGUUUAAGGAGAUAACCCUUAUUUUGUAAUAAAGUGCAAACUGGUAUAUUAUAUCCGGGCUCGAGCGAAAGAUGUAUCUGAGUUCGAACCCCAACACUCCUGACCCUGGGUCGGUGAAACGGGGUGGUGGUGGUGGUGGUGGUGGUGGUGGUGGAGGGCCUGGAUGGCGAGGGAGAUCAAGCAGGAUGACGGCGAGAUCGAGUUACAUAUCCGACGAUGACAGUAAUGAUUCUGACUCUGAUUCACAGGGUUCGAAGACUUCGAUGUCGGGUAAGCAGGAGGUUGGAGCACGCCUCGAAGAUGAGAUGAACAACGAUCAUUUACAGAAACUACAGGAAAUAUUCGAGGAAGCUGAUGAAGAUGGCGGUGGUGGUUUGGAUAUUGAUGAGUUCCGUGGUGCAAUGCGUAAGAUCAUGGGUGAGGGAAUGGAUGAAGUUGACGAUAAGGAGUUAGCGAUCGUCUUCAUGAAAGUUGACGCAAACUGCGACGGAACUGUUGACUGGGACGAGUAUUUAUCCUACAUGCUUCUGGAGUACCAAGAGAGAGAUCACAUGAGUAAUCUAUUUAAAGAUCGAAUUCCGUUUCCCAAACCUCUGAAAAACAUCUUCAGUAAUCACCGUGACAUGAUUGCUAAGAUCGGUUUCUAUCAGACCAUCAACCUGCGUCACGGGGGUAUUGCAGAUGAAGGCGAAACUAAUGGAAGACAUAUCUCGGUCAGCAAAGAAGGCAUCAUUAACUUCUGGAACAUGGAGAUGAAUCUCCUUAAAUCGGUCACGUUGGAGCUGCCUCGAGAAAAGACGAAAGCAAUGUGGCUUACAGACAUGAUAUGCAUGCCAAAUGUUAACAUGAUUGCUAUAUCAUCUACAGAGAGAGAAAUCAGUUUCUUUGAUGUCAACGCAAGUAAAUGUGACAAAUGUUUCCAAGUGGCUGGUUUGGAACACUGCGCCCUCACCAUGGAUUAUUGGUUUGAUCCCCGCAAUAUGAACAAAGCAGUUCUUGUGUUCGGUGAUGCUGGAGGUGGGGUAUACUGCAUCGUGUUUCAGGAGGCACUCGGAUCGGCUCUCUUCGGAGCACAGAACGCCAAGUCAAUUGGAUCCAGGAGAGUACCCUUCCAGGAACUACUUAAAGGUCUUGUCAAAGGCAUACAGGUUCUCAAGUUCUCGCCUCUUCAUGAAGAUUGGGUUCGGAAAGUGAAGUACUGCUGCAACCUCAAUUCCUUUGUAUCAUGUGCUACUACAAAUGAUACAUCCAUGUUCAUUGGUGAUUUGGACAGAAAGAAAUCCGGGUCCUUCUUCAAGAUCAGGAAAGGAAUCCUAUGUUUCGACUACGACAAAGAUUCUAAUGUUAUUGUGACUGGUGGGAUGGAUCGGUCUGUACGAACAUGGAACCCUUACGUGACUACCAAGGCGACUUCAGUCAUGAAGGGACAUACGUCGGCUGUUGUAUCUGUGGUUGUGAAUACUCAGCAUGGGCAGAUCAUCAGUGUUGGAAAAGACAAGGGUAUCAAGGUGUGGGACAUGAGAGACCAGACAUGUCUUCAGAACAUCAAUCCCAGGAACAUCGACCUAGGACCACAUGCUAUCAGCUCCAUAUGCUUCCACGCUAAGACAGGAUCUCUUAUACUAGGAACAAAUCAGCUUGCCUUACUAGAACACAAGUGGGAGGUGGAACGCGACGAAGACGAGAUGACGUCACACAAUCGACCCAUCACACAUUGUCUGUACAACAGUCUCUUCAACCAGGUUGUCAGUGGUUGCCAUGAUUCUGUAGUCUGUGUCUGGGACCUGGCCACGGGUACUAAGACUAUUCAGUUCUCUAACGCUCAUAAGUACAUGGAGAAGGGCUUGGAAAAGUGUGCCGAGAUCACAGCAAUGACCUUCGACCCCACCGGUCGUCGUCUGAUCACGGGAGGUAGGAAUGGGACAGUCAAGAUCUGGAACUUCAACAAUGGGGCCUGCCUCAGAGAACUGGAGACAUUUGAUGACCUGGAGGUGACAGGGAUCGCAUGCCCUAAGCAGCGUAUUGUCACAGCCGGCUGGAAUAAGCUGAUUACAAGUUACAUUGAUUCAGACGAUGAUGAAGACACGCGUCAAUGGGCAGCCAAGCACAACGAAGAUAUCCUCAGUCUUGCGUGUUCAAAUACCAGUCGCUCACUCGCAACAUCGUCUUACGACGGCGAUAUUUGGGUGUGGUCUUUAGAAACGGCGCACCCUCUCUGCAAGCUGAACGCCUUUGAGGGGGUCAAACCCCAGACGGGGUCACGCAUGCUGAGUGUUUCCCGUGAGACAAGCUUCCAUACUACUGGUGACGCAUCAGUCUGUUCCAGUAGCUCAUCCAGGCUACCAACAACAAGAAGUGAUUCUAAGGAUAAGCUGAAUGGGGAGGGAGUCCAAGAUAAUGGUGACAAGGGAAGUCUAUCAAAUGACAUUGCGAAGAUGUCUGUCACAAAUGACGAGGAUGAGAAGACUAAAUUACCAGAAAUAGAUCCUCAGAAUGUUAGUCUAAUACACGAGCGGGCUGCAAACCUUAAACAAGAUUCACAGACCUUCUUUACCGAAAGUAUUGGACCAAGAACCAAAGAAUCCCGGCAGAAGAACGAAUCUGACUCAAGAGAAAAGGAGAAUAUCAAAGCAAAAGAGAGGAGAGACAAGGACCCAAAUACACGCCCACAGCGAGAGAGUUCCUACUGUCUAGGUGCAAAGAACAAAGAUGAAUACGUCAGGAAACAUGAAGCUUCAGUUGAUAAGCUUUUAUUUCUGCAAUCACGGACAAACGACAAAGAUACAGCGACUCUAAUGGCAAGUGGAUCUGAUGGCUGGGUCAGGGCUUGGUCUAUCCAUCACAAAGGAGGACUUCUAGGUCAAUUUAAUGCUGCUCAUAAGCCAGGGGAAGCAGUGCUAGCAAUGGCCACGGAUGAAGAGAAUGAGAUCCUCAUUACAGCUGAUACAUUAGGCUACAUCAAGGUAUGGGACAUUGCAGAGUACUGCAUCGGUAAGCGCGAGAUGGCUCGUCGUGCGCGAGAAAAUAUAGAAGUGGACUACAGCGACCGGGAAAGGAAGUACCCAUACCUAUCAGGCAACAGCGCACUCAAACAGCUCUCAUUCCGGAUGGAGAUGAAAUCUCGAGCCAACUUGAAGCAACCUCCACCCCAAAGUAACCCAAAGGAUACCCUGCUCUUUCCACCUAAAUUAAAUUCCUUCCGUGCUCAUCUCAAGGGAAUCACAUUCAUUGACUUUGCCGAUGAUAAACGUCUGAUCAUCACAGGAAGUGUCGACUGCUCCAUAAGGCUCUGGACGGUAUGCGGUCGAUACAUCGGUACGUUUGGUCAGAAAGGCGGUUGGCCCAAGCUGCCCGAUGAGAUUGACCCUCGAGGUUUAUCCCGAGUGAUGCCACGUGAUGUCCAAAGAGUAGCUUCAGCUAUCACACUCAAGGUCCUCAAUGGAGGAAACAUGCCAAGAUGGAAACUUGCGAAGACAAUCAUGAUGGUGGUUGGAAGGAAGCAGAUCCCCCAAGAUGAUCUUGAAGAUUCCAAUUCAAACAGCGAUGGUGUGGAUGAUAUUGAACAAGCAGAAGAAAAGAGGCAGUCAUCUUGGGGCACAAGCUCCAUCCUUGGAAAGUCCUACAAACCAAAGACCAGACACAAGAUGCCUCCCAUUCUUCCUGAUAUCAGACACAACCACAGUCAGGUGAUGGUGUACUCGUCCCUCCCAUUCACCAACCUGACCCCAGUGAAGGAUCCAACAGUACCCGCGUCUUUACAGGAGAUCCAGUUACGCAACCAGUCAUCGGAUGAUACCAUGAACAACCCGCUCGCAGGGGGACCGGCAGGACAGCUCAAGAGGGGCGUCAAGAAGUCCAGGCUCCAGGAGUUUAUUCAGAAGCAUCGGGCUGUCAAGAUGAUGCAGAAGCGUCCCACCAAGCAGGCUCAAACUAAAUAAAACUUCUCUGAUGAUUGUAGCAUAAUAAGUGGAUGGUCAAACAUGAUGACAAAGGGACGCGAAACAAAGCCGGCUCAUACCAAAGAAAACUUUUAUGAUUGAUCAUAGUGUAACCAUCAGAUGGCGAUAGAAAAUUGACAGUGACACAAAAUGUGAUACAAGUAUAAAUGUACAUCUGUUCAUAUGUGUUAACAGAAUUGUGGGCAAAGGAAUUAAAGCAACAAAUGUUGAAUAACAUUAAUUUUUACAAGGGAAAAAAAUGAUGAAAAUGAAGCCAUUAUUAAAGUACACUGCCAAACUUUUAUAAGGUUAUAACACUGCUGCAGGUAAUGUAGUUAUGAAGUGCCAAAUAGAUCAAUCAUAUUCAUAUUCAUAAAGGUAUAUAUACAUUAGUCCUACUUAUUGUGUGAAAAUGUAAUGUGAAAAUUAAAGGGCUUGAUGAUUUUGUGUUGUUUGGUUUUGGUAGGUGUCUAUUGUUUCAACUUACGAGAUUUAGGCUGAUAGCGAUGUUUGAUUUACUAUACAUGUAUCAAAACUAAAUAUAAAAUGUGCUUGAUAACUUGCAGCUAAAUAGGCAAAACCUUCCUUCUCAAAUGAACAUCAGAGAGAAAGUAAGAUCUUUGUUUUCAUACAUUUAACUUUGGGCAGAGGCUGGUUAGCAAAACAAAUAUAGUUGGGAGGAGAUACAUGAUGUAUAUUUAACUUGAGAUCCUAAUGAUUGAAGCCAAUCGCACAAACUACAAGACUACUACAAAGUACAAACAUAUUUGUAGGGAGAUUUCAGGCUAGAUGGAUGAAAGCAUUAAGAAUGUAUUUUCUUUAGAAUAAAGAUUAAUGCUUGUUAACUAAGAGAUAUACCUUAGAGAUAUUGUAAGUUUGAAAGCCUUCCAGUAGCACACAAGACCCAAGCUUGGAAUCUACUGGGCUUUUUCUUGGACUGGAAGACUUGCCUCACAAUUUGUCAUAAAUUCUGGUCGUGAUCGGAUCGUAAUGUUGCUGUUAGAAUUCAUAUGGUAAAUGCAAGAGAUUUCACGUUGUGAUGCAGGGAUUACGUGUACAUUCAAGUUACUGUAAAUGUUACUACACAUACAUUAAUGCAAAACACACAAGUUCUAUUAUCAUGUUUAUGUACAAUUGUACAGAUAUUUAUUUUCAUAGAUUCUCAUAGAUUUCAAAAUAGUAAUAAAAAGAAUAUACAUAUAUUUACAAGUUGUCUCAAUUUAUAUGACUGUGAUUUUGAGAAUGCGAGUUUCAAAUGAUAAUAGACAAGAAAAAUACAGACAUACUGCCCUAGCCUACCAUCCACUAAGAAAAGUCAACAAGAAUAAAAGCCAGAUGGAAUUUAAGAAUAUAAAUGUGCAAAAAGUAAAACAGAAUCUUUUUUAAUAUAUACACAGAGAUAAAGUGGGAGACCAGAGAAAUAGAGUAAAAGACAUAGAUAAAGGCAGAGAGAAUAAGAGGAAGAGAGAAGCAAGGGAGAGAUUAGAUGGCAAUAGUUUUGUGACAAUUUUAACCAAGGUACAGUAAAUGAGCUCCUCCUUGGAAUUCAUUCACUACAGUAUUACCUUACUGGUAGCCUAGCUAAUGCCAUGGUCACAACCCGCCAUGCAGGCUCUGCGAUCCGGUGGAAGGCCUUUAUCUAUGACUCACACGUCCUUGCACCCUCCUCACAAACAUACUACCAUCUUGCCUGCCAGAAUCCUUUAGGUGAACUGGUAACAACUGUGCAUAUGCCUUGCAACUGGCUUGCAAUGUCUUACAGCUCCUUAUGGCUGUAUUGCGACAUGCAGCUCCAUAGACCAUGUGAUGCUCUCAAGAAACUAGAUCCUACUAGUUCAAUAUUGACAUUAUUCAAAACAUUCGUCCUGAUCACUAUGGA